GAUGGAAGUUUUGGAGACUAACUUAAUCCGGACACGCAAAGCAUGUAGAAUAGAGCAAAUGGUAGCAAAAUGGCUUCAUCGCUCUCGGGAUGGCUCAUCCAGGAGCAGGCCAUCUAUGACAGACAGCACCAGUGAUGGCAGUGGCCAGCCUGCCAGCCAUGUCAAACUUACUGUCACAGUAUACAAAGAUUUGGUCCUCCAUCACUAUGGCUUUGAGAUUUGUCCAAACCUUCCUCUUACGAUUGCGUCUGUCACUGCAGGGAGCACCGCCGAAGGGAAGCUGCAGACGGGUGACCAGCUCCUUCUGAUAAAUUCUACCAUGGUGGACAACGUGUCUGUCGAACAAGCGGCUGACAUCAUCAGGGAGGCCGGUGACGAGCUCCUCCUAACUGUCCUGCGCUGCACAUCGGGCGGGCCUAAGUCAUCAUUUCUUACUGCAGAGAAGAGAGCAAGGCUAAAAACAAACCCUGUGAAAGUACGCUUCGCGGAGGAAGUGCUGGUGAAUGGACACACACAGGGGAAUUCUCUUCUUUAUAUGCCCAACAUUCUCAAGGUGUACUUGGAAAAUGGACAGACGAAGGCUUUCAGGUUUGAGACGAGCACUACUGUGAAGGAUAUUGUUCUUACCUUGAAGGAGAAGCUCUCUAUCCGGAACAUCGCACACUUUGCCCUCGCUCUGGAGGAGCAGUACAAUGUGGCCAAGAUUCACCUGCUGCAUGAGGAAGAGCUCAUCGAGCAGGUGGUCCAAAAAAGAGAAUCUCAGGACUACCGGUGCCUCUUCAGAGUUUGCUUUGUCCCAAAGGAUCCCUUAGACCUCCUGCAGGAAGACCCAGUUGCCUUCGAAUAUCUCUACCUGCAGAGCUGCAGCGAUGUGCUUCAGGAAAGAUUUGCUGUGGAAAUGAAAUGCAGUGUGGCAUUACGUCUGGCUGCUCUGCAUAUACAGGAGAGGAUCUAUACUUGUGCUCAGCCGCAGAAAGUAUCCUUGAAAUACAUUGAGAGGGACUGGGGAAUUGAAAACUUCAUCUCACCAACUUUGCUUCAAAACAUGAGAGGAAAGGAUAUCAAGAAAGCCAUCAGCUACCACAUGAAGCGGAACCAGGUGCUACUGGACCCUCGGCAGAAGCAUAUGCUUGCAGCAGUCCAAGUGCGCCUGAGCUACCUGCAAAUACUGGGAGACCUGAAGAUGUACAAUGGGAAGAUCUUUAAUGCCACCCUGAUGCUACAGGACAGAGAAUCAUAUGUUGCCUUGCUGGUGGGUGCCAAGUACGGGGUGAGCCAGAUUAUCAAUAAUAAACUCAACAUCAUAACAAGUUUGGCAGAGUUUGCAAACAUCAGCAGGGUGGAGCUUACAGAGGAGUCUGAAAAAGUGAGCAUGGUGAAAAUCUACCUGCAGGAUCUGAAGCUGCUGACUCUGCUGCUGGAAUCAACCAGUGCAAAAGAUCUUGUCUGCCUCGUCAUUGGCUAUUACAGACUGUUCGUGGAUGCAAAUGUCUCCAUAUUUACCUGGGGAGAGAAAAAACAGCAACUGCACCGUGUCUCAGCUGAAGAAGGGUAUGAAUCUCGAACCUGCAGUGACUCUGAAGACUCCUGGGAGCUGGAUUCCUCCUCGGAGCAUUGCUUGGGCACCCGUAUAUCAUACAGCAGCACCCAUCCUGUGUGCAGCAAGGAGGAGCUGGGAGAAGUCCACAGCCUGGAGAAGGACAGCACAAAGCCCCAAACUGGAGAGAGUUACCAAUGCGAUGGAGGUGGCAAUGCAACAGACAGCACGUCCGAGGCUUCAGAUUCAGCCAACACCGAGAGCCGAGGGUUUAAGACAAGUGGCUCCAGUGACUCUAUGGAUGCACUGGAGGAAGAUGAGUUGGAGGCUUGCUCUUCCUCCAGGCCGGAGUUCUUCCACUUCUACACACCAACAGUGCAGGAGAUGAGUGGCUCAGACAAGAACCUCUUCCCCAUUUGUGCUGCAAGAGGCUCCAGGAGAGCAGAUAGCAGAGACUACUUCUGUUUCUUGCAAGUACCACAUGCACAGGAGCCUAGGUGUGAAGACAGCCCCUCUGAGCAGAGAGUGGAGGACAUUGAUCCAUCUGUGCUGGAGCCCAACCGGUCUGAGAUAAACACCAUGGGCUAUUACAGCCUGUGCUACAGUGUAUCCCCUGCAGGCAGCAUGGAGAGGAGCAACAUCAGUCGCAGCCCUCAGAAAAGUCCUUGGAAAGAUGGGUCUGCCCAGGAAGAGGCACCAUGUGGAGCAGAGGCAAGUGACCUAAUUUUGGACCCACCCCCCGGCUUUGGUGACACCAGUUCUGAGGAAGAGUUCUAUGAUGCUGCAGACAGGCUCAGCCCUCCGGAUGCCCUGGCAGCAGGCUACAAUAUGACAUCCCAGGAGGGUAUAGACAACUCCUCUGGCAUCCUAAAGAAACCAAGGUGCUACACCCUUGGGGAAAACCUGACGACAAGGCAGACAGCAAGGGAGAAACAAAGAAAGGAGAAGGAGCUGACAUAUGCCAAGAGCCUGAGGAAGAGAAGAUCUUUCCUGAAAACCAAUUACACCUCACAGGUCACUUUCCCCUUGGCUUUGCCGAGCUCUCUGCAGAGCUGCUGCUCUUGGCCACUCCCCCCACCACUCCUACCUCAGCCCCCCACUCCACUCUCCUCAGAGAACAUGAAGACAGAUGCAGCGCUGGGACUUCCUCCUGCCACCCAGGCCCAGAGAGACACUGCUAGCACAAACCCAUCCUCUGACCUGAUGGAAAUGGAGCCUGACACCAUGGAAACAAAAUCAGUGACUGACUCGGUGGUUUCUUCCAUUUCAGCUGUUCGCCUGCAGGGUGACCAGCACAGGGAGGAGACUGCAGGCAAUGCCAUACAUGUGAACGGUGGCCUCCAACCUUCACAUGCUGUACAUCCACCUUUCUUGUCCCUAGAGGAAGCUGUGUCCCUCCCUGGGGGGCAAAACAGAGCUUCCCAGGGAAGUUCCUCCAUGAAGAGAAAUACUGGGUGUUUGAGUGAGGAGAGCUGUGUGACCAGCAGAGGCUGGAUGUCCCAAGUGGUACUGGAGGAGGUGGGUGAGGUGGUGGCAGCCCAGCACAAAGCUGGUGAUGUACCCCCAUUCCUGGGCCAAGAGGUGAUCUGCCCUGCUAAUGAACACACCCUGCCGCCAUCAGCUCGUGGCCCCAGCGUGGCCUCUGCCCAUGAGGUGGCCCAGGACCAGGAACUGCUCCGCACUGCUGGGAGGCAAGCAGCAUGUGAGGAGCCUGACCCAGCUCCCUGUGAAGAAAGAAAACCUAAUCAUGCCAGCCAUGCUGAAAAGAGCAGUGACGGUGCCUUGUCACCAGCAAAAAACAGACAAAUGAUAAACAAGGAGGCCUUAUGGAAAGUGCACAGUAAAAAUCACAUGGGUUUUCCAGAUGCAACCCAGCUGUUAACAGAUUGCAGCAGCACUUCAGGGGUUAUAACUCGCCUCUCCUGGCUUUCAUUUGGGGUGAGAACAGACCUCACAUCACCCAGCCCAUCUCAGGAAAGGGCAGAUAUCCCACCAGAGGUUUUGGCCUCUCAGAAAACCAGUUGCUGCCUGGGGAUUGAUGCUAUCAGGAGGGAGAUGCAGACAUCCCCAGCUGGACCACCCUUUGACAGAGAGUUGGUAAGCAGCCAGGGGCUGGAUGAAGGAGAGCCCAGAAAAGAAGCAGGAAAUGUGGCUCAUAAACAGCCAUGGCCUAUUCAGACUCCACUUCCCAGAGAACAGGCUGCUGUGUUGAGGAAGGUUUCUCCUCUGACUCCAUCUCUAGGGCUUUCCACCUCCUCAAGCUCAAUUCCCAUGGACUCCUUCGGGGAAAGAGCAGGAGACCAUGGGGCUUCAAAACACUCCUUCUUCUGCUUUAACCAGAAGAAGGAUGAGCAGACCCGUUCUGACCCUAUCAUGACUAGGUCCUUGGGUUUUUCCACAGGGAAGACAACAUCGCCACCACAGCUUGGGAUGGACAAAUGCAGUUGCCAGCUGUCCUAUAUCAGCUGCUUCCACAGGCCUGAUGACAGUAGGGAAUCUGAAACCACUAUCCCCAUGUGCAGCAUGUUUCUGAGACCCCUCACCACCCCACCAUCCAGCAGCUGUAGUCUUCCUGGGACCCCUGUGGACAGCUACCCAGUCUCCAUUACUAGGGAUGUGGCAUGGUGGGACUCUCAUAUCCAAGCCCUCAGCCGGCUGAAGGACCAAGCACAGAUGAGCCCUGCAGAUUUCUCCUGCUUCCUAGCCUAUACCACAGAGCUUCAGGUGCUUGUGGGGAAGCUUUCUGGGAACCAAGCAACCCACCUGCAAGACCAAUGUGCAGAGGAGGGUGCUGAGAGCAAGGGUGCCCUUGGCUUAGCCUCCCGGGACCUGCUGUCCAGUUGCCAGGACUUUCUGAAAACAGACCAGCCCCUCAAAGAGCUGCAGGGUGUGCUAAGGGUGACAUUCGACCACCUGGUUCAGCUGGCAGUGGCCUGCUUCCAGGUGACACACUGCCAGCUGUGCAGGCAGAGGCAGCACGAGCUUGGGGCUGCACUCAUGGAUGUGGUGGCCACUUACCACCAGCUUGUGCAGGCUGUUCACCAGCAGCUUCACAGGCAAGGCUGCCCAGACCUGGGUACCAAGCUCCUCGCCCGCCAACACACAGCCCUUACAGCUGCCAUGUUUUGUCUCAUGCAGCAGUUCAGGGUACGCCCAUUGUUGUGACAGGGUUUGGUGGCACACGGGUGCACUGCGUGGGGAAGAGCCCAGCCAUGUUCCCGCUGUCCACUACCACAUGCUCCGCUACAGGAUGUUUUGCCCCACAGCUUGAGAAUGGUCAUAGAAGGGUGUGUCUAUGCAUGUCUGCUUAGCUCCACUAAAAGCCACCCUGUCCAGGGUGUGGUCAUGGGCCAGGGCAUAGCGCCCUCCAGCCUAGCUUUGUGUAAGUCUGUGUACACAAUUCAGAUGUAAUAUGCAAACUCAUAGAGUACUUCAGUGGCUUAUGUAUCUGCCUGGGGUUUGCCCCUCACCUCCCAAAGGCCUUACAGGUGGCCAGUCUCAAGGUGUUGUCUUAGCCUUCUUCUGUCACCUGUGGAGAAGGACAGGAGCUUUUUGGCAUGCCUUUUCUCCCAUUGCUUAGUCUCCAGGCAGACUGUGAAGUAGAGUGAUGUCAAAUCCCACUCAUGCCUGACAAAAAGGAACCCAGGCUGCUUUGUCCACCUUCUGUGGCUGAGAGUAUGGUUUCCGUUCAAAGUCCAGACAAUCUGGGAACAAAGCUAUCCUGUAUUUAACUGCUUUUCCUUGCAAGGGCGGAAGAGAAGGUUGUCCCAGGUGAGGGAGACGCCACCAUAUCCUGCUUUUCUGAUACGCUGUCUGUGUGUCAGCCAGCUCUUCUAUUUCCAUUUGCUGAUGCUUCAGAGAGUCCCUAAUUAACCCCCUCCGUGCUACUUAAGGAUCCUUAUCUUCCAGAAGGAAUAAAUAAGUCCUGAGACUGAAAUGACACCUUCACAGCUGUGGGGAUGACCCACGAUCCUGGUGUCCUUAGGCAAGGGCAAGCCGUUUUUCCGAACCUCUUCAGUAACUCUUUUUCCAUCAUGUGUGGUACAUCCCUAGCUAGUUAUGAGCUGUCUGCCCUUAAAGGAUAUCUAGCUAUACACCCCUGGUGAAUCAGCACUCUAGUGCUGGAGGCAUGACCUCGGCAUCCUCUGAGGCUGGUCCCUGACUGCUGGUGUCUAACUGAAGGCUUGUUUGGGAGCAGCUGCUUUCUCUGAGGGAAGCCUGCAGCAGGCGUGCUGUGUGAUGAGCCAGCACUGCAGCAGGUCAGUUGCUGCUACUGAGUGUGCUCAGGAUGGAGCAGUCUGCACCAGGGAGCAGAGAAGCAUUGGCUGGCCAGCUCUGCCCAUACACCUGGGAAGCAUGGGGACAGGAUUGUCCUGUGGCUCCGCAACAUCUGAGGGAGGCCACCCCUACCUUUUGCUCAUUCUUUAAUUCUUCCAGAGGGGCUAAAGGGCAAGUCCUUGCAGCUGAACCGUGGUGUGGAAAACAAUGGAAGCUGGGACAGAAGGGAGUGCUGCAGCACUCCCUAACCAGGCACUCUUAACAGCCAGGCAAGCAAACACCCACAAGAAUUUGGCAACCUUUAGCAGUCCUACACCAAAUCCUCCACAGCCGCUACUGUAAGCAGCAAGCUAGCUAACCAAGGGGAGUCUGCUUUCCUGGCCACAGAGGGGCCAGGGUGGCUUAAGUACCUGCAGCCACUGGGGAAGCUAGCACUGCCAGGUGGUUUGGGUUAGUGUAUGCCACUGGCUAGCAAAGUCAGGGGUUCAGAAACUUCAAGUCUCUUACACUGAAGCCCAAGUGCAGACCUCCAAUUACAGACCAACAGCUGAUGAGGACAGGGACACAGAGUAAGAACUGGAGGCACCCCUGGGACACCAAAAGAGCCCAUAGGCAUAGCAGAGCAAAAGGCACCGGCAAACACAAAUUCAGGCUGUGUGGGGAGCAACAGCUUGUAUCCACCAACAGUUUCUGUUGCAGGAGGCCUGACUGACACUAUAUUAUAGGCACUGAAUUCCAGGUGUAAAAGGCUCUUGCUGUGAAGGAGAAAUGAAAACACAUAAGCGUAUGAGAUAGGAAUUUACCUCAGAAGGCCUUCAUGUCUUUCCACGGUGGUUAGACAUAGUCAUUGACUGUGAGGGUUUGGGGUUGUUUUUUUUUAGCAACAGUGGCUGAGGUAAUAGACUGACUUAGAUGCAUCAAGAAAUGCUUUCUGCUGUGGCCGUGAAAUAUGUCACUGCUAUUUGUGCAGGGCCCAGUCAAAUCCCAGGUACCUUACCAGGAGGAGCAUCAGGGUUAAUGAACUUCACACAUCAGUGUA